CCGUUGGUGGUUUACAUUUUGGGCUUCUCGCUCUCCGGUUGGUCGUGUUUGGAGAAUCGUCUUGCGGCAAACGGCAAACAUGGCUUUUCUACAUCUGCAACUAUUCGUACGACGGUUUAACGAUUUGGCGGAUGACUACCUGCGCCGGGUGAGUUGGAUUGCUGAGCCGGCCGUAGAACCGUUGCAGAUGUUGCAACGUGCGGUCCGGGAAAUGGGUUCCAAACAACGCAUCCGUAGUGCCCGCUCGCAGGUCUUCUACGAUUGGGCGUUCGAGAAAGACAUUUUGCAUUUCCUUCGACCGGUGGAGUGUUGCGGGAAAGCUCUGCUGCAUACCAGUGCACUUAUUCCACACUUGCUGAACGGUGAUCAUGCUGACUGCGCACUAGACGACGGGGCGAAACGCCUGCUCAUCAUGUUCAACCUGUACAUACAGACGAUGAACGACAUUCUGGUUCGUUACGACAGUAACUACGAGUGCGUGGAUCAGCUAACGGCCGAAUACCUGGCCAAGGCAGCCGACUUCAUCAGUUGCAUUCUACGCAAGCCGGUCUGUGUGAACGCGGUGGCGCAGAAUUUCUUCGUACGGACACAUUUCCGAAAAUGGAAAGUUGUGUUCGAUUACACGUGCCGUCCGUGUGCCGAUGAUGGUGUCAAGCGCUGCCAUUUACAUGGUGCCAUAGCGUGGUACAUGAUCCACGCCAGCACCCUGAAGGCCAAUCCAAUACUACACCUGGAAAGUCAACUGCAUGCUACCAGUAUUCGUAAAAUUCCCCUGGAUCACGUUGAGUUGCCACGUGAGCUGAAUAAUAACUCAAACGCGGCAGCCAUGUAUUUGCUGGCAGUUAAAGAAAUGGAACUGGAUAAAAAGAGUGUCCUGGGAAGGCAAAUCGCACUCAGCACUCCGUUCGAAGCGGUUGAAAGCUAUCUGAAGAGACAUCUGUCGAAAGCAUUGGGAGGCAUGACGGUUCGUUUCUUUGGUUCACGCGUAACUGGAUUGGCCGAAGCGGAUGCUGAUCUUGAUGUGUGGAUUAAGUCUCAGUCCGGACAGAAUGAUAAAACGGCUUUGAAUAAAGCUAUCGCAUGGGCUUCGGCCAACCCGGAUGAUGUUAGAGAAAUAUUUCACAUCUUUGAGAGACCGACGCUCAUACGAGUUAAUGUGCGAUCGCUGAAUCUUAAAAUGGAUUUGACAUUUGGCAGUUGUUAUGUGGUUGCUAAUUCCGAACUCAUAAAAUAUUUCUUAGAAUUACAGCCAUUGGCUAGUAAGUUGUUCUUUUGUCUGAAGGAAUGGAAGAAAUUGGCAGAGAUCAGCCUGAACUUUGCAAAUCAUAUGCUGAUUAUGUUGAUUGUAUUUUUUAUGCAGCAAAAGCAGUAUCUUCCACCGGUCGAUAAACUUCUCGUAGGUCCGAUCAUACAGAACGGGUCGUUCAAUACCAACUUCCGUCGGAGCAUCCCAGUCGGCCAUGCCACCAGACCGAAAGAUCUGCUUACUUUGAUGAGAGGUUUCUUCAACUAUUGGAGCCAAUUCGAUUGGACGCAAUACGGAAUCUGCUUGCUGGAUGGGCAGGUUAAACCAAAGCAAUGGUUCAAUUUCGCUACCGAUCGAACCUCGAUUCCACCGAUGAUGUCCAGUGAUUAUUUUGAGCAAACGCGCAAUACUGCCGGUAACAUAAAAAGCGGAGACUAUCAGAAAUUCAUGAAUGCCUGCCAUGAAGCCGUCGAAGUAAUGAAGAUUAAGGUAAUGUAAAACGAGAAACCAGUGAAGAGUUUGACCAAGUGAACUUUUAGCAUAUUUGUUGGAUUGAAUUAUAACAGAGAACUUUAUAUUAAAAGAAAUAUAACUA